AUAAACUAGCAGAAGUCAGCGCCUCCCUCCUCCGCCCGUUUCCUCAAGCGACAAGAACCCAACCACUCCGCGUCGUCGUCUGCUGCCAAUGGAGGAGGAGCGCUGCUUCAACAACUGGGAUCUGGACGCCGUCGUGCGCUUGGGCUGCCGCCGCCUCCUCUCCCCGUCGCCGCAGCCCGACCCGUUCGCUUCGUUUCUCCCGCCGCCGCCGCAGAAGGAGAAGCCCGUGGCGCCAGCGCCGGCUAAAGAGCCAGAGCCACAUACCGCGUGGCGCUUCCCUGACCUUGGUGCUGGCGGCGGGCAAGACGGCGAAGAGCUCCUCAGGGCCCUGUUAGCCGACCAGCCUCCCCUGCAUCAGCCUCUGCCAACGCCAGCGGCAACGCCAACGCCAACGCCAACGGCAACGCCUCCCCCACCAUCACAACAGCAGCAUCUACAGCCGACUGUGACAGCCGUGGACGUGGCUCCACCCCAGGUGCGCCCCGCUCCGGCUAGGGCGCAGCCGAGCGGGCGGCAGGUGCCCGGUGGCGUGCCAAGAUCCAAGAGAAGGAAGAACCAGGUGAAGAAGGUGGUCUGCCACGUUCCGGCGGACGGCUCGUCGCCGGACGUGUGGGCGUGGCGCAAGUACGGCCAGAAGCCCAUCAAGGGCUCCCCCUACCCAAGGGGAUACUACCGAUGCAGCAGCUCCAAGGGGUGCGCGGCGCGGAAGCAGGUGGAGCGCAGCCGCGCGGACCCCAACACUUUCAUCCUCACCUUCACCGGGGAGCACAACCACGCGGCGCCGACCCACCGCAACUCGCUCGCCGGCACCACCCGCCACAAGUUCCCGUCGUCGGCGGCGCCUCAGCCGCCGCCGCCGUCCGUCGUGGUGGGCGGUGACGCGCAGGACCGGCAGCCGAGCCCGAGCCCGACGUCCACGUCGACCGCGGGGCUCUCGCCCACGACGCCGCUGCGCACGCCGUCCAUGGAGGAGGAGGAGGAGGAGGAGGAGGAGGAGGAGGAGGAGGACGAGCUGCUGGUGGAGGACAUGGAGAUGGCUGGCGAGGACGAGCUCCUGUUCCUCAGCACCGACGCCGACGCCGGGGCACCGACGUCCUCGCUCUUCGACGUCGUCGGCGAGCCCUUCCUAAGCCCUCCCUGGGUGACAGCCGCCAGCAGCGCCGGCGAGCCAGCCACAGGGGCAGCCGGCGCUGGGAGCUGACUUCUUCUAGAGAGAGAUGUGCCGUCUGUCCUUGCAGAUGGAGCAAAAUCAAGGGAGGAGAAGAGAGCAUCUGAUGUCCCAUUCUAGUAGUAGUUCUAGCAUCGGUAGUCAGCCCUGACUAGUACGUACAGAGCUUGAUGCAUCAACCGACCCUCAAGCAGUUCUUCUUCUUUCCUGAUCAGAAGAACAUCUUUGCAUCCUGUUCUUUUUGCUCUUUUUUUAGGUAUGGUUGGCACUCUGCAUCUCUUUUCUUUAGGUGCCUGUUUUUUGUUUUUUUUUUGCAUUUGUGUAUAGAAAGUGGUAGAUGAUGAACCAACAAAAGAAGUGAAAAAAAACUAAAGAAGAAAAGUGGAUCAUGGUGUGGUUUAGUUGGCUC